AUGACCACGAAGGUCUACCUGAGGGCCGGCAAGACGACCAUCGCCUCCGCUGAGGCCUAUCUCCUGUCCUUUCCAGAGAAGCCCUUCAAGCUUCCAGUUCACCUGCCGAGUCGUUUCAGCGUGGCCCGGCCAGGUGUGGACUGGGUGCCUCCCGAGCUGGCAGUGGCGAAGCUUCCUCCUCCUGUGCAGAAGAUGCCGGCCUACAGCGAGCAGGAGUACAUGAAAGCUGUCUUCGAUCGAGAUCAAGCAGUGCUAGAUCCAAGGUCUUGCGCCGUUGUGGAGGAGGUCGGUACUGAAGAGCGCAAUGCCAACCAGGGCUGGCGCAAGCACCUGAGGGCCAAUCGGCCUAUUCGGGGCAUAGGAGAGAUCCACCACGACCUUUGCUUCCCGGGAGGUCUUGCGCCAGCAGCAAUGAGCUCUGAGAAGUAUCUCGUCCAGGACGCCGCUGGCAUCAGAUUUGUAGGCGCCAUCAAGCUGGGCCCGCAAGCUUCCGAAGCCAUCUACUUGACAGAGGACGGGAAGAAGCUCGCAGACGGCACCUUGUCCUUGGUGGCGCACCCUGCCAUGGGAAUGGCAGCCUUGGAUGACCACCUUGCCCACCUUCCACGCUGCGAUGGACGUGAAAAGACCUCCGUGACAUGGAAGCAGGAGAUGGAGGUCAAAGCGUUUCUACCCGUGGGCCAGGAGCUCGAGUUUGAGUGCUUCUGCCCACACAAGCAGGGAGGGCCCGUCGGCACCAGCGUUCAGGGCGAGAUUCGCUACGAAGACCAGGUCUUGGUGACGCUGUCCGCCAUCAUUACGUCGAGUGAUCGGGAUGCACCUGGCAAUGUCUGUCGUACCGCGACGCUCGCUCCGGAGCAGUCUCUUCAGAAGUUCCAAGUCGCGCUUAUCGAUUUUACAGGGCUGUCGAUGCCUAUGGUCAACGGCGUGAGCUGUGGCUCUCUUUUCGGCUCACCAGAGGCGCCUUUGCAGGUGCCAGAUCUCACAGAAUACUGGGGAGCUCACCGUGUGGCCACCUGCGAUGCACCGGUCUUCUGGCUGAACUUUUCUGUCCCAGAUAGCACGCGGCGGUACCUGGAUGUCAGCGCAGGCUCCUUGCAUCCGGCCUCUUCGUUCGGCUCCAGCAGGUUGCUUGGUCUGCGGGUCGAUGCGGUCGUCCUGUCUGAAGACCAGCCGGAGCUGGAUAUCUCCCAACUCGAGAUCAGCCUGCCUCCAGGCAUGACGAAAGGCACGCUCCUGCAAUCCGCACAAGACGUGUCCAGCUGCAGGCACACCGAAACAGAGAUGGUCACAGAGGUCAACCAAGGCAUGUGUGCCUUUUACGACAGCUUCGGCCCUUGGGGAGUUUGGAGCUCCGUGCUCCUCGAUCGGCACGUUCCCAUCUCCGCGCCGGGGCUCGUCGGUGUCUGGCUGCGUGGCCUACAAACCGGUGACUUGGACGCUGAUGGAAACAGUCAGAGAAUUGCCUUCCGCGACAAAUGA